AAUAAAUUGAAAUAGUUAGCCUGUUGUUAUUUAUCAUGGACAUAGAUUUCUUCUAUUAAUUAUAUUUAAAGUAAUAUUACAAUUUCAAUAAUAUAUAGUUAAUAUAACUAUUAGAUUUACAUUAAUUUGUUAUAUUUAUAACCACUAUAUUCAGUGACAAAUAUGAAAGGUCUACUUUCGAUUAUAUAUGUAUUAGAGCUCAUCCACUAUGCGGUGAGUAUUGAUUAUGAUGGUUGGCUGAACAUAAAAAUAGAACAUAAUUUAAAUUGCAAGGAUGCAGUUUAUUGCUCUCGAGGUAAUAUUGCAUUAAAGAGUAUUCGUUCUGGUUUAGCUAACAUUGAACAAACACCAUUUGCUAAACAACAUAUUGAACAUUUAAAAGAAAUUGCAGAAACUGAUGGAUUUUACACUGUGAAAACCUUAGUGACAUCUGCUGACAACCAAGGAACUGAAUUAAUAUCAUCUGUGAAAGCUAGAUCUUUUCUCGAAAAUGGACUCUCAGAUGUGAUUAAUGCAUGGAUGUUACCUAAUGGAGCUAUUACUGCAGUUAAUUUCCAAGCCACAAACUCUUCAAAGCCACUUCAAGCUAGCAAAGAUGGGUACUUAGUAAACUCAAAAUUCUAUCUUCGACAUGUGGAACUAGCUCCUGUACCUGACACUACUUCUUAUAUACAAAAACUGGAACGCGAGAGAGAAGCUAGAGAAAAGGGAGAAGUGAAGGACAACAGGUCAUUUUUAGCAAAAUAUUGGGUGUACAUAGUCCCGAUUGCAAUCUUUGUGAUGAUAUCUGGAGCAGCAUCAAAUGCAGAAACAGCUGGCCAAGCAGCACGUUAAUCUACCGUAAUAAAAGUUAUAUACUUGCUAAAUUUAUAUAGGUAAUUUAUAAUAAUAUGGAUUAAAUACAGUUGUUAUAUUUA